AUGGCCAUCAUGCGAUCCCCGACAAACAAACAGUUGGCCAUGUUGAUGACAAGGUCGCCUCGGGACGCUUUGCUCUCGUGCCGGAUGGCGAACAGCGGCCCCGACAGGCGAUGCUGCGGGACUGACCGGGGGCCUUCGCAGCGAAGCCAUAACCGAGGUCGCGCUCGGCGUGCACCAGGGAAUCAACAGUCCGACGCUGUGAAUAUGCUUCUCUUCUUUCAUUCAAGAACACGCGCACGCUCGCAAACACAUGGAAACACACAAAAACACAAACAUGCACGCAGAAAACUUUUUAAAAAUCGCUCAUUAUUCAGUGUCACAUGUUAUUUUCACGCUUCACUCUACUUCUCGCCGUGUACUUGGGAAGUCGCACCAGGCCGCUGCUCACUCUCCCCUUCCCCGCAGGUCGCAACCACAGGCCCUGACGCGGUGGUGGACAUCGUGCCAGGCUCCAACCCCAACAUCAGAGGCGCGCUUUACCUGUACAGACGUCGCAGCGGAGGUGUCGACAUCCAUGGUACGGUUGGCGGUCUGAAGCCGGGGCUGCACGGGUUCCACGUGCACGCGGAGGGGAACCUGGGCGACUCGUGCAAGGCGGCAGGCGGACACUUCAACCCUCUCAUGAAAAACCACGGCAGCCCCUUGGACUUCCACCGCCACGCCGGCGACUUGGGCAACGUCAUCGCCGACUACAACGGCGUGGCUCGCAUCUCCUUAUUUGACAGGCACAUUUCCCUGGACUGGAACUCUCCGGUAUACAUCGGCGGGCUCGCCUUCGUCAUCCACGCCGGCGAGGACGACCUGGGGCGCGGCGGGGACGCCGAGAGCCUCAAGACGGGCAACGCUGGCGGCCGCGAAGGGUGCGGCAUCGUCCGCGUGGCGCAAGCCCAGCGAUACACACAAACAAAAUACUAUUAAAUGGAUCUCUUUUUAUUUACGUAACUCCAUGUAUCAUUUUAGACACGACUGCCAUUGUUAUAGUAAUUAUUAAGGGCUAUAUCAGUGACAGGCAGCACCUUGCUGCCGAUUAUUCAAAGGCAUUAUCAUACACAAAUUUUAAAAAAAAAAUGUAAAUAAAAGGAUAAUUCUCUGA